CAAUCGCCCGCCCCGUUUCCACCUCCAUUUAUUAUUUUCCUCCUCUACUAACCGAUUCUCGUAUUGAUCUCGAGUCGGUUAUCACCUGGCUUGUCGCGGGUCUAUCAUCUGUGUCCCACAGGUUAAAUCGUCCGCCAAGUCGAUCGUGAUUCUAUCAUCAGUACAGCCUACGUGGUGACGUAUUAUCAUUUAACCCUCGACAAAAGCGGCGAGAGACGCGCCUGCAACGUGGCCGACGUUCUGGCGUCGCAUCCUGCUUCGAAUCACCUCGGAAACUGCUGCCACAACAUUCAACUCUCCGUUCUAGUUUAAUACUUGACGAAACCUGACCAUUCAUCAUGGCGCGCUCACUGCCCAAGAAGAACAAUCCCCAUAUCCUUCCGCCUGAGACUCCUACCUACGAGGAACUCUUACGGUGCCGACGAUUGGGCAAAACAAAUCUCACGGUGAGGCCUACAGUGAUCGGCACGUCGAAUGCGACGAAACCGGAGAACCUUGGACCCUUUGAGUAUGCGCAUUUGCGCGUGAAACUGCCAAGGGACCUCAAAGGCUCUGAAAUAUUUCCUUCACACAACACUCAGCAACAACCAGAGACGUACUUUUUGAUGCGACGGAGCAAAGAUGGAUACGUCAGCGCUACCGGAAUGUUCAAGAUUGCCUUCCCCUGGGCAAAAUUGGAGGAGGAGCGGUCUGAGCGCGAAUAUGUGAAAGCUCGUAAGGAAACCAGCGAAGAUGAAAUUGCCGGAAAUGUGUGGAUCUCGCCAAUCCUAGCUCUCGAGUUAGCAAAGGAGUAUCAGAUGUAUGAUUGGGUACGAGCAUUGCUUGAUCCCACCGAGAUUGUACAGACCCCAUCCAGUACGAAGAAGCACAUGCAGAUCACCCCACCUCCUCGAUUUGAUUUGCCUCCGAUUGAAGCACCAGCCCAGCUUACUGCGGCGCCGCGCCUGCGAAGAGGCCGGUCUGCUUCUCCCAGCAAAAAGCUCGCUUCCCCACAAAAGCUCGCUUCCCCGCGGAAACCUAGGAGCACGAGAGCCAGAGAAUCCAAGGAAGCUCAGGACGUGAAGGAGGUGAAGGAGGCAAGCAUUGUGGCGACCAGUGAGGCCAAUGCAAACCUUCAGUCUGCCUUGGAUGCUACAGCCGAGGCCGGAUCGGUCAAUGGCACCAUCCAACCCAGCGUAGAACACGAUGAAGAGAGAGUGGCACCUACUCCUAAGAAGUCUGCUUCAACACCAAAGUCCACGAAGACACCCAGAGCUGCCCGGGCGAAGGAGCUUAAGGGGCUUAAGGAGCUCAAAGAGGUCGAGGAGGUCGUGGAGACCAAGGACACCAAGGAGGAGAAUGUCAAAGUGGAUGUUAAAACUAAUGCCGACGAAGCCAGGGAUGUGCAAACGACCCAGACCACCGUCUCGGUGGAAGUGCCUAUUUCUCUCCUUCCUGAUGCACCAUCUGCGGAAGAUACCGAACAAAUGAUUGCUAAGGCCAAGGAAAUGGUAGAAGAGGCUGCCAAGCUUCAGAGCACAGAUGAGGAGCCCGUGCCAUCGUCAUCAAAGGCUGCUAGGAAGCGCAACAUCGAAGAAGCGCUCAGUGAUGAUGAGGAGGACGAAGAAGCAAAGGCCCUGCGCACCAAGAGGGCAAAGGUCUUGGAAGAGAAGUUGAAGCGUGAACGUGUCAGGAACCGCGCUCUUGUCGGUGUCACUGCUGCUUUUGCACUUGCGGCUUCGAUUCCUUACUUCUUUUAGAGCUUCUACUACGAACUGUAUUGGGCGCCUUCCUACGGAACAAAUUGUCCCGAGUUGACCGUCGCGUUUUCCAUCGAAGAACAUCUCUCCCAAACCUCUU